GUCCUCUCAGCUUCUUUGGGGAAGUCUUAGAAGGCUUUUCUAGGACUGAAAAUGAAUAAAAAACAGUCCUUGUUAUUUUUAUUUUUUAGCCUUUCUGAACAGAAAACAAGUGAAAAAAUCUUUAGCCUCUUUAUUUUCUUACUUUUUUUUUUUAGAAUUCUUCUUACUUACUUACUGCAACAAGAUCUCAAUUUAUCCAGCAGCUUUGGCUGAUGAACCAAAUAUCUGUGAAAGUAAGCAGUUGGAAGGAGAUAAAGAAGCCAGAAGGAAAAAAGGUUUUGCUGUAUUGAUUGCACUUUUAAAAACAAGCACAAAACAUUUGAGCCUCAGAAGAAAAAGUGUGCAAAUCCUAAAAUGACUCUUAUGCACAUUCAGUUAUAUUUUGCUGGUUCAGUCUUUUGGAUGAUUCAGAGAUCCAGUUCCUUCAUGCUGCCCAAUACUACUGAACUUCUUUACCCAUCCAGCAGCACUGAGGCAGGCCGCACAUUUAGCCUGGGAGUACCAAGGAGUCGCAGGAAACGCUAUAUUUCUCCCAGGGAUAUGAGUGCACUUUUGGGCUACCACAAUCAAGUGCGGGCACAAGUGUCUCCACCAGCUGCUAACAUGGAGUAUAUGGUGUGGGAUGAGAGGCUAGCCAGAUCAGCAGAAGCAUGGGCAAAACAGUGUAUAUGGGAACAUGGACCUCCACAACUGAUGAAAUUCAUUGGUCAAAACCUUGCCAUUCACUCUGGCAGGUACCAUUCAGCUUUGGACCUUGUGAAAUCUUGGUAUUAUGAGAAGAAGCAUUAUUCCUUCCCUUAUCCUCAUGAAUGCAAGCCCAGCUGCCCUUCGAAAUGUAGUGGUUCUGUCUGCAGCCAUUAUACCCAGAUGGUGUGGGCUUCUAGCAACAGGAUUGGCUGUGCCCUCCAUACCUGCACCAACAUGAAUGUGUGGGGUAACACAUGGCGACGAGCAGUCUACUUAGUAUGCAACUAUGCCAUUAAGGGAAACUGGGUCGGAGAAGCACCUUACAAAAUGGGGAGACCUUGCUCUGCCUGCCCACCUAGCUACGCAGGGACCUGUAGCAACAACAUGUGCUACUCAGGACUCAAAUCCAACCAAGUGAGCUGGUUCUGAACCUAGCAUUUGUAUUCUGCCAACAUAGCUCCUCCGGAAAUGGCAGAAGCAUGGCACAGCGUACAGCAAUCUGUAAAAUAAGGGGGUUAUUUAUACUUUUGAAAUCCUAGUCUGUUGCUCUUGACCUUUCAGUUGGACCC